AUGACCGUGAGCUACCAGUAUGAUGUGGCCUCCACUUCGCAUGGGGGCUUCAUCCGGCUCCUGUUCAAAUGGAAAGGCAGCGUCUGGAAGCUCGUCUACACCGAGCUCUUGCUGCUUACGCUUGCCUACGGAUUCCUGUCGCUGUUGUACCGACAGGCGCUCAACGAGCCGCAGAAGAGGGUUUUCGAGCUGGUGGUGUACUACUGUUCGACCUUCAUGGAGAUGAUCCCGCUGUCGUUCAUGCUGGGAUUCUACGUCACCUUCACGGCGACGCGAUGGUGGAACCAGUACAUGGCGAUCCCUUGGCCCGACAGGGUGAUGAACGUGGUGAUGAUGUACGUGCCGGGCCAGGACGAGAGCAGCCGCAUGCUGAGGCGCACGCUGAUGCGCUACCUCAACCUGAGCCUCAUCCUGGUGCUGCGGUCUAUCAGCAAGGCCGUCAAACGCCGCUUCCCCACAAAGGAUCACCUCAUCGAAGCCGGAUUCAUGACCAAACUGGAGAUGGAGCUCUGGCAGUCGAUUCCGUCGACCGAGUUCAACACCUUCUGGGUGCCUUGCACAUGGUUCAUCAACCUGCUCAGGGAGGCACGAAACGAAUGUCGCAUCACGGAUGCCCAGGGAGUCAAGCUCAUAAUGGAGGAAUUCAACGACUUCCGGUCAAAGUGCGGCCUUCUGUGGAGUUACGACUGGAUAAGCAUUCCCCUCGUCUACACCCAGGUGGUGACGCUGGCGACGUACUCGUUCUUCGGUGCGGCGCUGUUCGGCCGGCAGUACAUCCACAGCCCGGACCCGAUCAUCGACAAUCGCCACCAUUUCGACUUCUACGUGCCCGUCUUCACCGUCAUCCAGUACUUCCUCUACAUGGGGCUGCUCAAGGUUGCCGAGCAGCUCAUCAAUCCAUUUGGAGACGAUGACGAAGACUUCGAGCUUAACUGGAUAAUCGACAGACAUUUCAAGGUGUCGUACCUAGGCGUGGACACACUAGACGGGCCGGCACUUCCACUAGUCAAGGACUCGUACUUCCACAUGACCGACUACCAGCUGCCCUACACUGCCGCCUCGGUCAGCUACAAGAAGAAGACCUACCGCGGAUCCGUCGCCUACAUGCACGUUCCCCACGAGCAGCGCGAGAUGGUGGUGCCGGAGGUAUCCGAGGAAGACGACGAGGACUCGCCCAGCAACGAGGGCGCUGACGAGGAGGACCCGGGCGGCCCGCUCAGCAAGCGCAGCUCGUCGUCGCUGUGGACGCUGCUGAACCGCCGCUCGAGCAGCAGCGGCUCGCUGCACCAGCAGCAGCGCGACGCCGAGGCCGGCGUGCUGCAGCACCCGCCGCCGGAAUCCACGCUGCACGUGUACUUCAAGGGCUCCGACGGAGACUCCACGGAAUCCGGGCAGCAGGACAAAGUUGCCCGCGAGUAUAGUUGCUUGAGGGCGGGGAAAGACAGCGCGGGAUGCUACAAGAUUUGCGAACCACUUGCAACAGCUUUGGCACCAAAAAUGCACCACGGUUGUGCUGUUGAUUCUUGCAGGAAACACCUGUUGCAUCCGCCUGAGGAGCGCCGGCGUGUAGGACGCUUGGGCAGUGAGCCGAGUACAGCGUCAAGCCAGAAGUCGUUCCUGCGCGAUUUCUUCCACGCUAAGCCCGCAAUGCGUGUGCAGGCUUGGACCGGCGCGGGCGGUGACUACUACGGAAGUCCGCUGAAGCGACCCCGCAAGCAUCGAACCAAGGUAUCCUUUUCGGCUGACACGUCUAGCAGGCCACGCUUCGAAAAGUACCAUCGCAGUCGGUCUACGUCGGACCUGGUGGCCAUCUUGGAGACAGCGCGUAAAGAAGCACUGCUGUCGAGCCUCGCGUCUAUGAAAGCUGCCAUGCCAAGGCGAAAGUCGUUGGAAAGUAGCCAGGCCGAUCCAAAACUGACGGACGUGCUGAGACGAAACAAGAGCCUUCCCGAGCUGAACAUCUCCGACGCGGCCUACGAACCACUGCUGACACCUGCAACACCACCUGCGCCGAAGAAGCCGGUUCGAACAAGAACGUCGUUAACGCCGCAGUCUUCGUUGGCACCUAAGGUCUCACAGAUCUUGCCGCUCAAGCUGGCACCCAGGCCUCCAGCGCUAACUUUAAGAAAGCUGACUACACCGCAGAAGCUACCCGAGACACCAAAACCGGCUCCACCAACCGACAAAGCAGUCCCAGCAGCGCCGACUCCGACAGUGCUGCUUUCUCCGCCACCCGAACCGACGCCUCCUCCAACACCAGCCGUUGUUUCGGAGGAUGUCGAGGCGGCCCCAACGCUAACAGCAACAGCUCAGACACGAGAACCAGCGCCCUCGGAACGUCCUGCUGCGACUUCUACUGCGGUGCCUGAAAAAGCACCGUCCCGUCCCGAGACUCAGGAGGAAACGGCUUCGCCUGUAGAGUUUACGUUGAGAAGGCCUCGAGUUCAUUUACCACGGCUUGUCGUCCCGGGACCUCGGCGCGGUCUACGGCUCAGUGAUCUGGCAAAGGAGGACGAAGGCUCGGGCGGUCAGGGCAAAAGCGAGCCCGCGGCUACAUCUUCAGAAUGCUCAGGGAAAUCUUCAGCGUCCAUUACUGCCCAUACGAAACCGCGACUGCGCGUGCGUGUGGCGCCUGAACCAGAAAUCAUUCCACUCGAACCGACAGAAGAGGCCGGAUCACAACAGGUGAGCGCAGACAGGGAAAUGCUGCCCCCUGGAGCAGCUCCCGAGCCUCUCCCAGAGCCACCUCCCAGCUUAGAGCCCGAGCCUCCGGACCAGCGUGGGUCUGUGCGUCAAAUGGAAGACCAAGCAUCGGAGCAAAUCCCUGGUGAAGCCGUCGCCGAUGACAAGACUGAGUUCGUAGUCGUGAUUAAGGAGAAAAGCCGCGACCGUCCCAAGCAGCUCAUCAUCCUGCCGGGCCCGCCCGAUCGCGCUGGAUCGGUGGACAGCCUCUUGGGCGACACUCGGCCAAAGGGUCCUAAGAGGCGCAGUUCCCUGGACAGCCCCCGCACUUCUCUAGACGUGCGCUCAACCUUAUUGACGCCACAGCGCGGGCAGCCCGUGACACAGGCUCCUCAACCCGCGGCCGAGCCGACUGACACUCCAGUGGUGGCUGCAGCACGUGCGCCCCCCACUUGGCGGACCGACUCACGGCGGCAGCGCCGCCGGCGGCGCAGCACUCUGCAGCGGGAAAGCUUGUCCCCGACGAGCCGCGAAGGCAGCCCUCUCGCUGCCAACGGCAGCCACGAAUCGUUGAGCGCAGCGGCGGCGGCCCCUGUGCAUAGACGCGUGCCCAGCGAGGUGCUCAUGCGUUGGCAGAACGUGGCGCCCAGCGACAGCACCGAGGAACUGGAUCGGCCCCCGCCGCCGCCACUGCUCGAACUGCCGGGCGCCGUGUCGCCGCCGCCUCGCGGCCACGUGAGGCAGCUGUCGCGAGUGUUUUCGCAUCGGUCGAGCAGCACGACUACUUCCAGCGUCACCGUGCGCACAUCCACGACCAGCCACUCAAGCGCGGCGUCCAGGGCGGAGGCCUUUAUUGAAAGCGAGAAGCGCGAUAGCUGA